AUGGUAGAAGAGUUGGACUUCCGCUACAGUAUGCAUAAUGCAUUAAAGAGGAAAGUCUCAUACCUCUCAAUGGAAGAGUGCUGUGACAAGGGUGUUGAGUGGGCAAAUAAAAACAGAAGAUGUGCUUCUCUACCAUUAACGUCCGAGUCCAGAGAAUGCAGCAUGACUCAGGUGCAGUGCUGCCGCAGCAAGUUGGAGGAGCGCUACUGCUCAGACGGGAUUGAAUUUGCCAACGUGCAUGAAGAGUGUGACUCGCAUAUUAGUGAAAAUUCUACCUGUGAAGCUGAGUACUUCAAGAAAUGUUGUUACUGUUGUUUGCUGGGAAAGACUGCUCAAGUUCAGGGACAGAGCUGUGAACCAAACCUGAAGAUAGGAUACCAGUGUGGAAUUGUAUUCAGAGCUUGCUGUGUGAAGGGUCAAGAAGGCACUGAUGUGUCCAUCAUUGAUGAUGCUCCUAAAAAGGAUGAAGCUGAAAUUUCAAAGGAGGAACUAGACCAAGAAGAUCCUUAUCUGCAUGAUGGCUGCAGAGGUGGAGGUCCCUGCUCUCAGCAGUGCAGAGAUACAGGAUCCAGUUAUGUCUGCUCCUGCUUUGUUGGGUAUCAGCUUCAACCAGAUGGUGUCAACUGUGAAGAUAUUAAUGAAUGUAUAACUGGAGCACAUAGCUGCGGGAUUGGGCAAACUUGUGUCAAUACACUAGGAUCCUUUCGCUGUCAACGUGACACGAGCUGCGGAACUGGCUAUGAGCUGACUGAUGACAGUCGUUGCAAAGAUAUUGACGAAUGUGAGACUGGUACUCAUAACUGCCCCCCCGAUUUUAUCUGUCAGAAUACUCCAGGAUCUUUCCGUUGCCGACCCAAGCUACAGUGCAUGAAUGGGUUUAUACAAGAUGCGCUAGGCAACUGUAUCGAUAUCAACGAGUGCCUGAGCACCAACAUGCCAUGCCCAGCUGGGCAGGUAUGUAUUAACACUGAUGGCUCAUACACCUGCCAGAGAAUCUCACCUAGUUGUGGCCGAGGUUAUCAUCUCAAUGAAGAUGGAACAAGAUGCGUAGAUGUGGAUGAGUGCUCAUCCUCUAUUCAGCCAUGUGGAGAAGGACAUGUUUGUAUAAAUGCCCCAGGCAAUUACCGCUGUGAGUGCAAAGCUGGCUAUUCCUUUGAUGUCAUCAGUAGGACUUGUAUCGAUAUCAAUGAAUGCAGACGCUAUCCAGGCCGACUUUGUGCACACAAAUGUGAGAAUACCCCUGGUUCCUACUACUGCACUUGUACCAUGGGAUUCAAACUUUCAACUGAUGGCAGGUCAUGUGAAGAUUUAAAUGAAUGUGAGAGCAGCCCUUGUAGCCAAGAGUGCGCCAAUGUGUAUGGCUCCUAUCAAUGUUAUUGCCGCCGCGGCUUUCAACUUAGUGACAUUGAUGGGAUCUCAUGUGAAGAUAUUGAUGAAUGUGCAUUACCUACUGGGGGGCAUAUCUGUUCCUUUCGAUGUAUUAAUAUCCCUGGGAGCUUUCAAUGUACUUGUCCUUCCACUGGUUACAGGCUGGCACCCAAUGCGCGCAACUGCCAAGAUAUUGAUGAGUGUGUCGCAGAAACCCACAACUGUUCGUUCAAUGAGACCUGCUUUAACAUCCAGGGAGGCUUUCGCUGCCUGUCUUUGGAAUGCCCAGAAAACUACCGAAAAUCAGGAGACACUGUCAGACUUGAAAAGACAGAUACUAUCCGUUGCAUUAAGUCUUGUCGACCAAAUGAUGUCAACUGUGUGUUGGAUCCUGUCCAUACAAUUUCACACACUGUCAUUUCACUACCCACGUUCAGGGAGUUUACAAGACCUGAAGAGAUCAUUUUUCUUCGUGCCAUCACACCUACGUAUCCAGCCAAUCAGGCAGAUAUCAUAUUUGACAUAACAGAAGGAAACUUAAGAGAUUCCUUUGAUAUCAUCAAGCGUUACAUGGAUGGUAUGACAGUGGGAGUGGUCCGCCAGGUGAGGCCCAUCGUCGGACCUUUCCACGCCAUCCUGAAGCUGGAGAUGAACUACGUCAUGGGGGGAGUGGUGUCUCAUCGCAACAUCGUCAACGUUCACAUCUUCGUCUCCGAGUACUGGUUCUAAGAGAGCUCUCAAAACUCCUGAGAAGGAAGCCGCUCCACACAAUUUCCACAAACUAUUAUGCCAUAUACUUGUUU